AUGUUGGAAAUGGGGGAACGGUAUGUUCUGCAGGUGUACGUGGGGUCCCUGUCCCGUCUGUAUGAGGCGCUGUCCAUCGAGGCCUCGAAGACGACGACUGCGGACGAGAUCGUGGACUGCAUUGCAGACAAACUGUCGCUCAAAGAGACGCCCGUCUCCUACGAGUUGGCAGAAGUGAUGCUCGACUCAGACGGCGGGCAGGACUGCAAAGAGCGCCGUCUGGCCGGACACGAGUUUCCCGUUGCCCUACAACUCCUGUGGCCCAAAAAGGGCGCUCUAGUGCCCAGUGAUGGCAAUGUAGUGCACAGUCACACCACCACUACUACUACUACCGGUGCCUCCACUCAAGACUAUAAGUUCUGUUUGCGUCGUAAGAUGCAGACCACGAGUUGGUCGUGGAGUUGGACGGACACCAACGACAAGUUGAUCCGAGACUACUUCCUCCGCUUCCUCUACCAGCCCAGGGAUCGCGAGUAUCCAGAUUUGUGUCAACUCCCAGACCUUACCGAACAGACACUCUUAGAGAACCUGAAGGCACGUUUCGACAAGGGCCACAUAUACACGUACGUGGGCUCCAUAUUAAUCGCCGUCAAUCCCUUCAAGUUCUAUCCCAUAUAUAACCCAAAGUACGUACAGUUGUAUCAAAACCGACGUUUGGGUGAAUUACCCCCUCAUAUAUUUGCCAUCGCGGACGCCGCCUAUCAGGCGAUGCUUAAACGCCGGUCCAACCAAUGCAUAGUAAUCAGUGGUGAGUCAGGUUCGGGCAAAACCGAGUCGACAAACCUAUUGCUACACCACUUGACGGCACUGUCGCAGAAGGGCAGCCACGGGUCAGGCGUGGAGCAGACCAUACUGGGCGCCGGCCCUGUGCUCGAGGCAUUCGGCAACGCCAAGACCAAACACAAUAAUAACUCAUCCAGGUUCGGC